GCGAAGCUGGUAGGGGGCCACGGGUCGCGAUUCGUAGGUCGUGCGAGAAGGACUAGCCUGCAUCAGUCUACGCCGCGUCCCUUGCAAAAGGAUGCGCUCGUCUUCACGUUUUCGUUAUUUUACUUCUCCUCUAUCCGGGUUAACACAAUACACACCUAUAAACGCAUACUUUAAAUACGCAUCGAAGUUAAAGUGCAAUAACGAAAAAAACAGAUCCUUGAAACGAAAGGACAACCUCAUGGUGUCGGUGAAAGAAUCUCACGCAAUCUAGGAACGACUUGAUGCCGUUUCGAUGCCGUCGUUCCAAUUUCCUGUUUAAUUUUAAACCGAUUUAUCGUACGUAUUUUCUGGAUAUUUAACGCGUGUGUCAUCGAAAUUCUAUAGGCUUACUGGCCAGUGUACGUAUUGUGGUGCGAACAAUUUCGCUGUUUUACCUAGAGCACUUUUUAUCGUUCACAUAAAUCUCGACACGGACAAAACUACAUAGAACGCGCGGCUCGGUACUUUUCGGCAUGCGACCGAACACUUCCGAUCAUCGGUCUCGAGACUUCCCCUUAGUGCUCUAAUAGGGAAGGAGGAACGUGCGAGGAAGAAAAUUUGGAAGAAUUCAGCUAGCUAAACGGAUUCGGGGUACCGUUGAUUUCGUUCAACGAUACAUCCACGGCAGACAUAACCUGUAUGCGCUCUAUGAACAGGAAGUUUCCCGUGGCAGGAGUGGGCGGUGCGAAGAGGGAGACGACGCCGGUCGAGCCUUAAAUAUCGAUUUUGGCAUGCAAGAGGUACGAUAGUCGUCCGUUUCAGCGUGUCUCCUACCUUUGUGCAUCUCCACGCUGACAAGUUUUGACAGUUGAGUGCGGGAAUAAUGCAUUAAGAGGAAUUGCGUGCAUUUGUACGAAAUAGAAACAAUAUGGUGGCGCGGCAUUUUCAAGUCAAAAAUUAAAUACACAGUGAAUAGUGUUUUCAAAUGAUGGAAUUCAAUGUGAGUUAAUUUCAAUUUUUUAAAAGUGUUCUAUGAAAAUGUUGUUCUCAAGUCGUCGUGUGUACAGACAUUUCGUCUAUAAAACGCGUUUGAGGCAACAAAAUUCGGUGACUAUCGAUCGAUCAUCUAAUUAAUGUUGGCCAAGACACUUUGUUUCUUUCGUUUCGAUGCCAUUCGACGGAAAUUUCUUUGCUUUUCGAAUUUUUAUACAAUAACGAUUCGACCCACGUUCUCGUAAUCGUCGAGGAUAUUUAUUCUGAAAAAAAUGUCCUUCGCCGAUUCCAGCGUUCUCUACCGUAACAAGUGAAGUCUGAAAAAAUAGUAACUGAUCGGAGAAGAAGAAAUAUAAUAUAAUCGAAGAGAAUACGAUUCAAUUACGAUACGUACAUACGAUAGAAGAAAUUUUCAGAAUAUAUUAAGAGAAAAAAAAUAAGUCAACGAAACUGGCAGUGUCUUUACAAACCUAAUGACCCCGUCAACUUUAGGGCAUUCAUCGACUAUUAAGGUAUCCGAACCACGUUUAUAAAGACCCUUUGUUGCGUUUGCCGAUCGAGUAGACGAUGACAUCAUGGUGCAACAUUGCCGAUUGAGAAGUCGGUGGACAACGGAGGUAGUGUUGGUUAAAUGUCGAUAAGCCCUUUGCACUUGACGCCGUUGUUCGUUUUUAAGCUUAUCGAAAAGAAGAAAAAAAUAUACUACUAAUGAGAAUUUGUAUUGCAUGUAACGAUAACAGCGUGCUUUUACAAUCACACGUUCAUUUACGAACACGUUAAAUUAAAUAAAAAAAUUUUCUCGAUACUUUGACGCAACGACGUUCGUACAUUCUUCUACAUGCAGCGUAACAUUGAUUAUAACCAAUGAUCGGAUUCACGAAUAACGGUCAUUUGAAUCCUGACAUGUUCGUUAUUUGAAAGAGGGAGUCCACGAAAUUAUCUACGUGUGGUUUCGUUCAAUUUUGAAGCCAACUGUUUCGGCCAAGACGCGUCACUGACGCUGGAUAGGAAGAAAAAGUUACAUCAAGAAGAAUGGUUUCGAGAUUUGGCGUCUCGAAGGAGGGCGCUGUGGGUGUUGCCGUAGGUGUAGGUCCUAUGCACUGUCUCCUUCCACAUUGUGGAGGACCACAUCACCAUCAUCACAUUUCGGCCCCCCAUCCUCAAAAUCCGCAGCCAGGUCACAAUCACCAUGUGCAUCCGGCCCAUCAGCCACCACCCUCGCCUAGUCCUCACUUGAAUCAUCAGCUGAGCCAUCAUCAAUUGACCGUCAACAUUAACCAUUUAAGUCAUCAGCAGCAACAACAGCAACAACAACAGCAACAAACUCAACAUCAACAAGCGCCACCGCAGUAUCGUGUCGUCACUGCGAAUAUCAGAUCAGAGUUUCAUGUGUCUGGACAAAAUUACGGCACCCAACCAGGGGGCCAGGUGGGCGGGGGAGGGGGUAGUGUAGGAGUACCUGGAGGCAGAGGGCCUCCACCACUUAGUGGCUUACAGUCCAUAGGACAAUCAGGAGCAGGUAUACCGCCAGGAGGUCCUGCUGGAGGGCAAGCACCACCUCAAACUCCGGCACCCGGGGUACAAUCACAACAGCCGCAAGGUCCGGCGCCCACUACGACACCCCCCGUGCAUACCCCCUCGCCGCAGGAAAUGGGAAAACAGACCCAUUUACAACCUCAACCACAACCUCUGUCACAAGUAUAUGGGCCUACACAAACGAGGCCGACCUCCCAAGGUUAUUACCCACAAGGUCCACGACCGCAACAACCAAGGGGUAUUACUCACAGGGGGGGUCAGGGAGGUACUGGUGCACAGGUAGUGGGAAUGUCAGGAGUCGGUGGAGGUGGAGGUCAACCAACAGCAAUUUAUCAUCCAGGUGGUUUGCCGGUUCAAACUGGAGCAAUGUACCAAGUCCCUAAUCUUCAUUCUGGACCACAUCAGCAGUCCGUAUACUCCAUGAACAGUCAAAUACCCAUCCAGGUAGUAUUUGGUGGUCCACCUCAGAGGCAUCAAACGCAUCAAAUUCAGUCAUGUUAUUCACCGUUUCAACAUUCUCCCUUUCUAACGGCACAAAAUAUGUUUGGAUACAGUGCAUCUGCACCAAACUCUCAUGCUUAUUUCUGGCCCGCUGGGCAACCAGCGAAUGCACCACUAAAUUUAAAUAGGCCAGGUGCAAGUGCUGUUACUGGUGGGGCACAACAUGUUACAGGCCCGCUGGCCGGUGCCCAAGGAGCCCCAGUAGUACAACAAGGUACGCUUCAGCAACCUACACAAGCUCAGCCUUUACCCCCAAUGGCUAUGUCUCUCUCUCAGACUGAUGUGUACUCAGGCCAUAAUGGUGGUGCAACAAACACGACGAAUAGUACAAUAAAGUCUCGGAAACCAAGAGGACAAAAUGCUAUUACUGAUAUUGUAGAUCCGACAACUGGUAAAAAUAUAAGUCACGAAAUUUACAAGGAUAAUGAAACUAUUCAAAGUGGUGACUCUAGUAAUCGUGAAACACCUCAGCCACAGAAUAAUGGCGCUGAGGUGCAAGCCGACUUUGCAGCGCGGGUUGCAAAAACUCUUGUGAAAGUCACGACCGAGGAGCCCAGUUCCGACUCGGCGGUAUCGACUAGUGUACCAAAUACACCCGCAACUCAAAAUGUAACGCAAAGUUUAUCUAAUUCACAAACAAAUUCUAAUAACGAUGUGAACAGUCAGUGUAGUACCAGUUCACCAACGCAAAACACACCUAACGUAACCGAGUUAUGUAGUCAAUCGUUAGGUACUUCUAGUAACGUGGCUCAACAAGUAGACUCUAGUGCAGUGAAAACGGAGUCUAAACCAUUGCAAAUUACUGUGAAGGAAUUUCACCCACGUGGUGAAAUAAAAAGUGUGGUUAUCGAGGAACCACCGCCGGCUGUACCGCGUAAUGUAAACAAGGAUGAUAUUUCUGCACAGUUACCCGCGAUGACUGUAACUGAAGUUGAGGCGAAGAGUACGAGUACCUCGCCCACCGUGACACAGGCCCCAGUUCCCCUUGUGACCGUACCAAGUACGAUUGUUCCAGAGGUCCCUAAACCGUCCGUCACUGCCCCAAGUGCUAACCCCGCUCCUGCCAGAGAACAGUUCCCCAAUUUAUCCAGUAAGAAUUCAUCGAGUUCACCACCUAGAAGGAAAUCUCAGACUCAUGUCCACAAUCAACCUACUGCUGCAACAGAGCUGCAUUCGAGUGCCAAAGAGCAGAAAGAGAAGAAAACCAGGGAGAAGAGCCUUAGUUCUAGAGGCGCUACUCCUACUCCUGCUCACAAUCAGUCUGACCAUCAUCCGAAAGCUAAUGGAGACGCAACUGGCGACAAACCGGAACCUGAAUCAACUCGAAAUGAAGUUCAACAACAGAAGUCAUCUGAUGGUAAAGUCAUGCAGAAGCCGAAAAGUAAAAAUAGACUCAAACCCCGUGAACUUAAUCGUAAAGGGGCGGAAAAAGAAGGCACAGAUAUGGAUGCUUUCGUGAAUACCGCUCCGCAAACGAAAACCGAGGUGAAACAAGAUGGUAAAGAUACUACAACACCAAAGGACAUCAACAAGGAAACAAAUCGAGACCUAACGAAAGAUAUUAAAGAGAAAGACAAUUAUGAAUCAAAAAAGGAGAAAGAGGUUGUUACUACCGUUCAUCCAAAGACGGAAAAGUACGUGGCGCCUCUAUCACCAGAAAUUCCUAAAGAGUAUACUCCUAUUCAGACAACUGUCAUAGAGAAACUGUCAAGUAAUAAAGAAACUGCGAAGGAACCCUCUCCCAAAAUAGAAGAUAAUAAUAAGUCGAAUGUAUGUAACGUGCAAGUAAAAUCAGUUCCUAAUGAUGUCGUUGAUCAUGCAAAAAUUAAGGACGAACCUGACGUGGAGGCAAUAGUAGCACAAAAGAAUGAAGAAAACUCGAAGGUUUCGGCUAUUCGAACCCCUAGUGAAGAAAAGCCAGCGGCAGUAGUACCACCACCACCACCUCCAGUCAUAGAAAAACCAACUGAAAGCGAACCACCGGCUCAAACGGAGACGCCAGUUACAAAUCAAAUAACCCUUAAAUACAAAUAUAAGGAUGAUCAAUGGAGUCCUUUGAAUAAAAGUGGUAAAAAAAUUUAUGACCGUGACUUUUUAAUAAACUUGAAGAACGACCCCAAUAGCAAAAUCAAACCAUCGAAUUUGCCAGAUUUAGACGUUGUUUUGAAAGAUGGUUCAAAGGCACGUACUACCAUCGACAUUAGAUCAUUUAAGGAUCACAACAUGAGAGGGCAUGAUGCUCUGUUCCCUGGGUUUAUAAAACCAAUUCUAAAUUCACGUAUGGUGCCACAGCAAACUCGUAAGAGUUCGUCAGGAGGAAAACCAUCAAAGCCAACGAAAAUUCAUCUGUCAUUAUCCCUCAGGGAAGAUGUAAAGUUAAGAGAGACAGAAAAUGCAUGGAGGCCAACAAGAAUAAAAGGAAUUAAUCUUACCGAAGAAGAAACGAAAUCAGAAGCUCUUUAUAAGAAAGUUAGAAGUGUAUUAAAUAAACUUACUCCCCAGAAAUUUGAUACUUUAGUUAACCAAGUGCGUGCAUUGACUAUCGAUACACCAGAACGUUUGCAAGGUGUUAUCGAUUUAGUCUUUGAAAAAGCUGUUGAUGAACCAAGUUUCUCUAUAGCGUAUGCUUUGAUGUGUAAAGAACUCGCGCUGAUGGAAGUGUCAGGUUUAGAUAAAAAUGUUGAAAAAUCAGAAUAUUCGUUCAGUUUCAAGAAGCUUAUUAUUACUCGUUGCCAAAAGGAAUUUGAAAAAAAUUCAGUAAACGAAGAAACGAGAAGUAUGAAGCUUAAUGAAAUUGAAGAAUCUACAGAUCCGGAUAGGAAGAAAGAUUUACAACAGUCUAUUGAGGAUGAAGAACGCCGAAUACGUAUAAAAUCAGUAGGAAACAUACGAUUUAUUGGUGAAUUGUACAAACAAGGAAUGUUAACAAAUAACAUCAUGCGUCGUUGUAUAAAACAAUUACUAGAUCAAAACGAUGAAGAUAGUCUUGAAUGUUUAUGCAAGUUAUUAACAACGAUUGGGAAAGAUUUGGAAGCAACAGGAACUGUAGUAGGAGAAAUGCAAGAUUAUUUCAAUAAAAUGCAAGAUAUUGUUGCACGCCGAACCCAAGGGAAAGUUAGUUCUAGAAUUCGUUUUAUGCUGCAAGAUGUUAUAGAUUUAAGAGCAAAUAAAUGGGUUCCAAGAAGGGGUGAUAAUACUCCUAAAACAAUAGAUGAAAUUCAAAAGGAAGCAGAAUCUGAAAGAUUAGAUAGCCAAUUGAGUAAUACUCCUUUGAAUACACCUCGAAAAGAUGAACGUGCUAGUGAUAGAAAAAGGAAUCGUGGUGUUGGUCAAACUGAUGAUGCUGGUUGGAGUCAACCAGUUGCAAGAACCAGACAACCGUAUUCUGUGGAAACAGCAAAACUGAAAAAUAAACCUCCACCAAUGGAUGAUCUGCAAUUAGGAAGCAGAAACACGUACAUGUGGAAACCGCCUUCGAAUUAUGGUCCAAAGGCAAUGAAUUCAAAUAAAUUUGCAUGUUUAGAAAAUAUGUCCAGCUUAGAUCAAGAAAAACGAAUGAUGUCUCCACAACUCUCUGGGUCGAGAUCCACUGGUCCUACAUACGGUCGAGACUACAAACCUUCUUCGUAUGAUGGUAGGAGUUCGCGCAAUGGUAGUCAUCAAUUAAGCAGUUCUGCAUCGUCGAGUAGAGAAAGCUCGUUAUUAGUAGAUAGUACACAAAAUCAAAGUGUUUCUAUGCCACCACCGCUAAAAUCCUUGCAAUCUACCUCUAGUAGUAAUAAAUCUAUAACAAGAGAAGAGGAGUUCAUGACAAUUUUGAACAAGAUAUUAAAAGACUAUCUUAAAAAUACUGCUGUCGAAAAAGCUGCAUUGGCUACUCAGCAGAAUUUCGAAAAUGCAUUAUCAAAAUUCGUACGUGAAUUGAUCAACUUUGUCCUUGAAAAAUCACCUACGGAAAGAGAACGCGUCUCGUAUCUUCUGUCGCAUUUAAUCAGUCAAAACAUUUUGUCUUUACAGCAUCUUAGAACUGGGUUCAUUGAAAUAUUGGAUAUAAUCGAUGAUCUUUUGCUCGACAUACCCAAAAUUUGGUCCUAUCUGGCGGAAAUACUGGCACAUCCAAUCGAAGAAGAAAUAAUUCCUUUGAUAGAAUUGAAACCUUUAUUUGAUAGUUUAAGAAGUCGAAGCUAUGUAGGCAAAUUUCUUGGGGAACUGUUAUCAAAACUAUCCCGAGAUAAAGGGCCUAAAUGGGUUGCAGAGAAAUGGGACCAAAGUGGACUUGAAUUAAAUAAUAUAAUUGAUACAGAACUUGAAAACGUUGACAAAAUUAUUGAAGACUAUAACUUGGAGUUCUGCACUGGUGAUUAUAAUAGUGCCAAAAGCUCGACUAGUAAUCAACUCACAUUACAACAAAUUCAUAAUGAACUUAGAAGACUCAUGAAGGAAAAUAGUAGUUUCGAUGAUAUUUGUAAAUGGAUAAUGAAGAAUGUUGGUGAUCGAGUCAAGGAGCCAGAGUUCAUUCGAGUAUUAACAACUGCCAUUUUAGAGACGUCCAUGGAAUUAGUCAACAACAAGUGGUAUCUCAGAACUGAGAUUCUUACUAAUUUGGAACAGUUCAUUCGCCGGUUUGUUGAUGCAAACGAGUCCCUAGAAUUACAAUGUCUUUAUGCAAUUCAACUUCAUUUGUAUAAACUACAAUAUCCACAUGGGAUUCUCUUUGAUAUUAUGACAAGCUUGUCAGACGAUAAUAUAAUUUCAAGCGACGCGUUCCUGACGUGGAAAAAUAGCCCAGAGCCAGCUCAACGCGAAUGGCAUGGUGUUGCGACGAUGGCACUAACAUCGUUUUUCACUGGCUUACAAGAAGUUGAUGAUGCUUCCAGCGUAGAAGACGUAUCGACUGGCGCGAACCAAGAUCGUUGUUGACGAUAACAUGAUCGAGUACAUUAUCGUCUGUUAAAAGACAAAUAUACGUUCCCUCGUUAAAAAAAAAUACGCGAAGUGAGAUCAAAUUGCAGUUUUUUCUUCUGUUUUCGUUUAAUAAAAACGUAUAUAUU